AUGGCCACCGCGCAUGCAGCAGGUGCGGCGGCCCUUACCUUCCGUCUGCUGCACAUGAUGGUGAUGGGGUUGAUCCUAGUCCUGGAGGUGUCGCACCGGGUGCUGCUGCGGUGCCCAUGCCACCUCACCUAUUCCAAGAGCUUGAACGGUGGGCUGCUCACUACCCCGCUCUUGCUGGCGUCGCUCGAGUAUACUGAUGUGGAAUUGGAUCGUAUGGCAGCUGCGGAACAGACUUCCCUCGCCAAGACCGUCGAGCAGGCCACGAAGGCCGAGCGCCUGGCGCACCAGGAGGUGCAGUGGCGGCUGGACAGCGGCGGCGCGGAGGCGCAGCCCAUGCAGGAGCCACAGCCCAUGGAGGAGGAUGAUGCAGGUGUUCCUUGGCUGCGUGGCCAUGUUGUGGACUACAUGUACGUUGAGGCCAACCUGCACACCUUCUCAGAUGACGACCUCGAGAAGCUGGUUGCCCACUCGGCCAUUGGCCUGGAGCAGUGGCAGCAGUACCGUCUCCAUCUGCAGCGGAUGCGAGGCGUUGAUGAGGAUAACCUUUCCGACCUGGGCAGUGAAGUUGCCGACAAUGACAUGGAGCCCCAGGAUCGCGACAAGUACCGUGACCUCAAGAGGCGAGCGGUGGAGCAAGGCUUGGACGUGCAGUCUGCCCAGGAGUACACCGACCUUCUCUCCAAGCGCAUCAUGGCGAAGGCGGGCAAGCGUGCCAGAGUUGUGUCCUCCGUCACGGCCGACAUGUACCGCAGCUUCUGUGUUGCCACGGCCAAGCAGAUGGGGGCCAUGGCGCCCAACAGGGGACGCUCGUUGGCGCUGCUCGCGCUUGCCGCUGCCGUGCUGCCCGUCACCUCCACGCUCAUCGGCGCGGAGGCUCUGCGGGAGCUCGAGGCGGACUUCGGCAAGGCCGAGCUGCAGCUCUGGGCGCAGGGCAGCUCCACGCAGAGCACCACCGCUCCCGUGGGCACCUCGACCCAGACCACCACCGCCUCCGGCUCUCGGGGAGGCCGAGCGAAGGUCAUGGACUUCCGCAACGAUUCGUCCAGUGGGCAGCAGGAGAACCUGACCUUGGCCGACCGCGUGCGCCCGACGCUGCGCCCCGCUGCCGGCGACGGGCCCCGAGGCGUGGCCAAGACGGGGCCGCCGAGCUCACAGGCCACCUGGACGACGACGCCGCCGGCUGCAGAGGCCGCUGCCAACGCGGGACGCCAGAACUCCAGCGCCCCCCAGGCCGCUGCGCAUGCUGGGCCCAAGGUUAUCGAUUUCCGCAACGGCAACGAGGAUGAUUCGCAGCUGGCUGCUGGCAGUGAGCCCGAGGCUGACAAGAAUGGCACGUUCAACGCCACGAACGCCACUGCCGAGGCUGACAACACCACGAACGCCACUGCAGAGGCUGACAAGAAUGGCACGUUCAACGCCACGAACGCCACUGCCGAGGCUGACAACACCACGAACGCCACUGCAGAGGCUGACAAGAAUGGCACGUUCAACGCCACGAACGCCACUGCAGAGGCUGAGAACACCACGAACGCCACUGCAGAGGCGGCAAAAGAGGUGUUCAAUUGCAGUGCGGGCGCCUUGAGGUGGCAGUGGGGAUGGUCCGACGAAAAGAAGGCGCACUGCUGCCAGCACGAGCAGGUCGGCUGCACGGCCAAUGCAACGAUGUCGGCCACGGCGUCUGGCCCCACCACUGCAGCUGGCAGCGAGGAGGCUGGGCUCGUGGCCAUGGCACCGAGCUCCGAGACGAUCAGGAAGAUGAUCUGCGUGGCGGCCGGCUCGCCGGAGCUCGAGGAUGAGAUGGUGAACCUCGUGUGCGACGAGAUUGAGGCAGCAAUGCCGUGGGCCAAGGACCAGUUCGAGCCCGACUGCGGCACCGCAUUGAAGGCCGCCUGGGCCGACAUCCUGGCGGACUGCCCCCGAGACACCCAGGCGCCGAGCAGCGAGGACAUCACCAGAAUCAUGUGCAACUUUGCGCUGGGCGACGGCCUCCGGGGGCAAGCCCUGCGCGACAUGUGCAAGGUGGUGGAGAGAGAGUUCCCGUGGAUGAAGCUGGAGCCGAAUUGCCACACGGUCCUCGAGGGCAUGGCCGACAGGGCCGCGCAGGGCUGCAACGGGAGCCGCGAAUGCAGGCGCGGCUCGGCUCGCACCGGCGGGCCCGAGACGAUCGCGCAGAGGUCGGGCUGCGUCGCGUCGGCGGGUGCGGCGAGGAAGACGGGGGGCGGCGCUGCAUCCACCUCGGGAGGGUCGGCAGCGAUGACCAAACGUGCAUGGGCUGCGGCGGACCACGGCCCCCGCCUGACCAGCCACAGGGUGGUCGCACAGCGCGACCAGCUCGCGGACGGCGCUCAAGUCCUCUCGGUCUCUUUCUACGGCCAGGCCAAGCCAGGACCCACGGGAGACAACAUCGCGCUCCUCGAGCUGGCCAGCGAGCAUGACCCGUGCGACGGGCACCACGGGCACCUGGUCGAGCACCACCUCGUCCUCCGCCACGGUGUCGACGACGACGGCCACCACCGACACCUCGACGAGCACCUCGGCGACGAGCACCAUCUCGACAACGCCGACGAUCGUGCCGUUGACACAUGCAGAUAUCGAAAGGUUGGUGUGCACCUCAGCGACACGGAGCCAGAUUUCCGGUGCCACUACCGUGCCCUAUGA